AUGCAGGAAGCAGCUGAGCAUGACUUAGGAAAACCACAAGAACUCGGGGCCGCAGGGGCUUGCAGAGAACUGAACUGCAGAGGGCAGCCGUCCAGAGUGGGUGGGCUUGGAGCCCCUUGCAGGUGCGGGGACACGUGGGGGUGCUUUACAGCCCAGGCCCCGCUGGGGAACCCGAGCACCGACGCUUCGCUCGUGCUGCGCCAUGCUGUGUCACCUGCAUUUGGUGACGUCCGUCGGUGUCAGAUACGGAGGCCCGUCCCGCUCCAUCCUGGGGGCCUCUGCGGAGCCCGCGUGCCCGUCCUGUGGCCUGUUCGGUCCCCAGGGGCCUCUGCAGAGCCUGUGUGCCUGUCCUGCUCCAUCCCGGGGGCCUCUGUGGAGCCCGCGUGCCCGUCCUGCUCCAUCCCCGGGGGCCUCUGCGGAGCCCGCGUGCCCGUCCUGCUCCGUCCCCGGGGGCCUUUGUGGAGCCCGCGUGCCCAUCCUGCUCCGUCCCCGGGGGCCUCUGCAGAGCCUGUGUGCCCGUCCCGCUCUGUCCCCGGGGGCCUCUGUGGAGCCCGCGUGCCCAUCCUGCUCUGUCCCCGGGGGCCUCUGUGGAGCCCGCGUGCCCAUCCUGCUCCGUCCCCGGGGGCCUCUGUGGAGCCCGCGUGCCCAUCCCGCUCCGUCCCCGGGGCCCUCUGCGGAACCCACGUGCCCUUUCUGCUCUGUCCCCGGGGCCCUCUGCGGAACCCACGUGCCCUUUCUGCUCCGUCCCCGGGGCCCUCUGUGGAGCCCGCGUGCCCAUCCCGCUCCGUCCCCGGGGGCCUCUGUGGAGCCCGCGUGCCCAUCCUGCUCCGUCCCCGGGGGCCUCUGUGGAGCCCGCGUGCCCAUCCCGCUCCGUCCCCUGGGCCCUCUGUGGAGCCCGCGUGCCUGUCCUGCUCCGUCCCCGGGGGCCUCUGUGGAGCCCGCGUGCCCAUCCCGCUCCGUCCCCGGGGGCCUCUGCGGAGCCCACAUGCCCGUCCUGCUCUGUCCCCGGGGGCCUUUGUGGAGCCCGCGUGCCCAUCCUGCUCCGUCCCCGGGGGCCUCUGCAGAGCCUGUGUGCCCAUCCUGCUCUGUCCCCGGGGGCCUCUGUGGAGCCCGCGUGCCCAUCCUGCUCUGUCCCCGGGGGCCUCUGCGGAGCCCACGUGCCCAUCCCGCUCCGUCCCCGGGGCCCUCUGCAGAGCCCGCGUGCGCGUCCUGCGGCCUGUGCUCACAUCUUGCCUGUGUUGCUCAGGCUCACGGGCUGGGCGGCUCUGAGUGCUGUCAGGUGCCGGGCUGCGUCCUGCUGGCCGGGGACCCCAGGUGGUGGCGUCCGAGGGGGCGCUGACCUGAGAGAUCCGGGGACGUUUUUCCUGACUGGCCUUGAAGACCAGACACAGGCUUCAGGACGCCUGGCGUCCGAGGGUGAUCCCUGAGCGGUGCAGGCCCUCCCAGCAUCUGCUGGGGCUCAGGCAGAGGGGCCACAGCUGGCACCCCGGCCCCCCACAGCUGUGCUGGAGGCCCUGGCUCCCCUCCCAGGUCUUGGCAGCACGCGCCGCGGCAUUCAGGUUUGGGUCCUGGUUUCUGGCACCUUCAGGGUGGAGCCCAAAGCUCUGUUGUCCCCCCCCCCCCAGCUGUUGACCUUUCUUGUGCCAAAUGAGGCAGUCCCGAGCGGUGGGAGCCGGCCACGCCGCCUCAGGGACCCCCGGCCGUGGGCCGUGGGCCGUGGCUCUCCGAGGUUUGCCAUUGCUUGAAACAGCCAAGAAGGCAGUUUCUACAGAGGCCCGCUCUAAGGGACCCGCCCCGUCUCCAGGGGGCCUCGCCUCCGCUUUGUAGAGCACACUGGUCGAGGAGAAUACUUCUGAUUAAAACAAAAUCCCACA